AUGGGUAAUAGACUAUUAGUCUUUCCCACACUUCUGCAGAAAAGAAGGUUCCGGAUCCUCAAAACACCGCGUAGAUUGAACCAGAAAACUGUGAAUUCCCUUGGUGAUCUUGUACCCUUCACCAACAAGUUGUACACUGGAGACCUUCAAAAGCGCAUAGGCAUAACAGCAGGUAUCUGCAUUUUGAUCCAAAACAAAGCAGAGAAAGGUGGUGAUCGUUAUGAAGCAAUAUACAGUUUCUACCUUGGUGACUAUGGACACAUUGCUGUUCAGGGUCCAUACUUGACCUAUGAAGACACAUACCUUGCUGUCACAGGUGGUUCUGGAAUCUUUGAAGGUGUUUCAGGCCAAGUCAAGCUUCAUCAAAUUGUGUACCCUUUUAAGAUCUUUGUACACUUUAAUUUCUAUCUUAAGGGUAUUAAGGAUUUUCCAAAGGAGCUUAUUGUUGAAACUGUUGAGCCUAACCCUUCUGUUCAGGCCUCUGAUGCUGCUAAGAAUCUUGAGCCACAUGCUACAGUUCCUCGUUUUACUGACUGAUAAACUUUAGGCUCUUAUUCUUAUUUUUUUGAUGUUGUGGCUGGCUAUAGUUAUUGAAUAAUAAGUGGGGCGGCUAUGAUGUUUUUUUUAUAGUGGUAGAUUUAAUAAUGGUUUAAGGAUGUAGUUGGUGGAUGGUUGUUAUGUAUGAAAAGCUUGAUCAUUUGGAACUCUUUUUAAUAAGAAAUUGAUCAGAAUUGCUUUUGUUUUUAGUUAAUAUUUUGUUGAGAAAAUUUUAUAUUGAAAGUUCUUCCAUGUGAUGUUGAUAAUUGU